CCCACCCCCCUCUCCCUCUCCCUCUGAUGGGGAGAGAAGCCUCCCUGCUCCCGGUGUUCCACUUCUCCCCUGGUCAUGGGUGGCUGCCACAGCUAUGGUCGCACCAGGAAGGCAGUCCCCUCCAAAAAGAGAGUGGAGUUCUCCGACGUCGACGCGCACAAACUAAAAAACAACAAUACCCAGACUGUCCCUUACCUGGUGGAGAAACCGUACCUGCUGCAGGGAUACGUUUCGGAGGGCAUCGCCGACAUGGACAUAGAGACCCUCUCCGCGCUUCCAGUUGGACUCGAUGAGGCGGAGUGGAUGGCCACCAACACCAUCGCCUUCUUCAAGAACAUUAACCUCUUCUCUGGCGCCGUGUCGGAAUUUUGCACCACCAAGACCUGCCCCACCACCAGGGGCCCCGGUGAUGUGACGUACUACUGGAGCGACGAACAGGGGAAGAAAGUGAGGUGUUCUGCCCCGCUCUACACCGACUACACCAUGUCCUACAUCCACGAGCUGCUGACGGAUGAGGACGUGUUCCCCACAGGUGCAGGUACCGCUUUCCCCAAAGGCCACGUGUUCCUGGUGCAGAGGAUCUUCCAGUACCUGUUCCGCACGCUGGCGCACCUGUACUGGGCGCACUUCCGGGACGUGGUGCGGAUGGACAUGCACCCGCACCUCAACACGCUCUUCGCGCACUUCGUCACGUUCGGCCGCGAGUUCCGGCUGCUGGAGCCGGCCGAGACCGCCCCGCUGGAGGACCUCAUCUCCGCCCUCUGCUCGCAUCACCGGUUCUGAACCACACCUCCCACGGAGAGCGGGGGGGGGGGGGGGGGCGAGUA